AUGGUGCCGUGGUGGAGCUGCAAUGAAACAUCACUGGGGGUCGUCGCUGCUACGGUGGAGCGUCGCCGGACCGUCGAUCCGUGGUGCUGUGAUGAAGCAUUGUCGAACCGCCGACGUCGGCGGUGCUUCAUUGCAACCUCGCCGGAGCUUCCAACGACCGCCGCGACGCUUCACUGCAACCUCGCCGGAGCUCCAACAAUCGUCGUGGCGCUUCAUUGCAACCUCGCCGGAGCUUCAUUGCAACCUCAGCCGUGCUCCAUGGUAGCACCCCGACAGCCACCGGCGAAGCUUCAUUGCAGCGUCACCACCACCACGCGUCCGUGCUCCAUCGCAGCACCGCCGCCCGCCUGCCCCGUCAAAGCUCCACCGCAGCACCAGACUGGUGCCGCCGAAGCUUCACUGCAGCGCAACGCGAUGGCGUCGAGGUGCUGCGGCGAAUCAGGCGACCGCGAUGGCGGAUGUUGUGACACAACAGUGCGGCGAGCCGGCGACAGCGAUGCUGCGAUGCAGACGCGGUGGCGACAGAGCUCUCGAGGCCCGAUGUUGUGA